AUGGUGGUGGAGAAAGCGGGCCCAAGCCCCUCAAAGCCUGUAGGUGAUAGGUGCCCCCAGCAGCAGGAGCCACUGGGGCACGCGAAGAAAAGCAAGCAGCAGGUCUCCGAUGGAUUCACUGUUAAAGCCAUGAUGAAAAACACUGUGGUAAGAGGGCCCCCACUUGCAGGAGCAUUUAAAGAAAGACCAACAAAGCCCACAGCAUUUCGAAAGUUUUAUGAGCGAGGAGACUUCCCAAUUGCCCUUGAGCAUGAUACUAAAGGAAACAAAAUCGCCUGGAAG